GUUGUAAACCCAUAUUUUAUACUUUAUUCUGUUGCAAUUAAUGCUGGUUUUGGAUGUUUCUUGGGGUGUAUACAUAUAUUAAUACUUUUUUGUGUGUGUUGGGUUAAGAAUUUGUCAAUAUCUGAUGGUUGUUUCUUUGGUGCAUUUAAUGCUGGUUUCAGUGAAUUUUCUAUUCUAGCUUUAAAGCAACCAUUUUAUUUAACAUGCCUGGAGUUAAAUGGCGGGGAGUUUAUCUGAAGCAGUUGGAGUUCAUGGAAGCAACAUCACACAAACGCUACAACAGUGAUCUAUUACAGAAAAAGGUCAAGAAGAACAAGUUAAACACAAUCUUUGAAGCUUUUAAUCGCCAUAAGGAAAUGGGAGAAAUAAAGGGUCAUGCUGAAGCUAAGACCGAAACUUCGAAUUUUGAAGUUCGAAACUCGUUGAAGCAGGAGAUUCUACAGCUUGAAGAAAGAUUGCAGGACCAGUUUGUGGUUCGGAGUACAUUGGAGAAGGAAUUAAGUAGGCCUUUUACAUAUGACGUAGCAGUUGAAAACUUAAUCCCCAAAGAUGCAAAGGAACUUAUCAAGGAUAUUGCAGUUUUAGAACUUGAAGUUGCCCACUUGGAGAAGUAUCUUCUCUCACUAUGA